AUGAGUACAUUCAUGCUUCGCUCAGUCACUCGUCCAACUCCUAGGACAUCUAACUUGGGACUUUCAUUUGCGACUAUUAGUCGCCGCACAUUAGCGACUGGAACUCAAAGGAAAGAGUUUCUUUGCAUUCUCCCGGACAAGCCUGAUGUUUUAGAGCUAAGAAAGAGUGUCAAAGCGGGCCAUUAUAAGGGUAUCCAACCACUGAUCGCAUCUGGGAAACUCCCCGCUGGAGGGGCGAUAUUCGAGAAACAUCCCGUUGACGGUGAACCUGCUUUGUUUCGUGGAAGUGUGGUUGUGUACGCUGGUGACAGUGAGGCUGAAGUCCGCAAAAUUAUCGAGAACGACAUCUAUGCUACCAGUGGCGUAUGGGAUCUUGAGAAAAUGCAAAUCAUCGCGUAUGUUGCCGCGGUGCGUGAACCUCUUCAAAAGUGA